AUGACUUCUGUCUCCUCACUAUUCGUCCCCAUUGGGGCCGGAGCUUGUCUCCUCGCCGUGAUGACCGCCCUGGUCACCAUUGGCUCGAUUGUCAAUGACAUCGACACGAUGAGGGAUGAGAUUCUCUCUGGCAUGACCGAGUUCAAGGUCACCGCUGACGACACGUGGGAUCGUCUCCUUACCGUUCAAUCUGCUCCUACUGGCAACACUGAUGCCACUCCCGCUUUCGCCACCUUCGUCCGUGAACGCCGUAUGGCUCGCCACCGUCGUGAGGACUACGGCCAAUGCCAGUGCCACGCGCGCUCUGCUGGAUGCCCUGCUGGACCUCCUGGACCUCCCGGAUUCCCUGGACCCCGUGGAGAACAAGGACCCGGUGGAGACCGUGGUCGCGAUGGAACCCCCGGUAUCGUCCUCGCUGUCACCUUCGACUUCCCUGGUGGCUGCAUCCAGUGCCCCGCUGGACCCCCUGGACCCCCUGGAGAGCCUGGAGCCGUCGGACUCCCCGGAUUCAACGGUAUGCAAGGAGAAUGCGGACCCGCUGGACUCGAUGGAGAAUGCGGAGCCCCUGGACCCGAAGGCGAGACUGGCCAGCCUGGUAUGCCUGGAUUCGAUGGAUUCGAGGGACCCGCCGGCAUGGAUGCCUACCAAGGAGCCCCUGGAGAGCCUGGACCUCAAGGAGAUAUGGGAGCCCCUGGAGAGGAGGGAGCACCUGGUCUUGCUGGAGAGAAGGGAAUCGACGGAACCGAUGGACCCGAUGGACCGAUCGGAACCCCUGGACGCAAGGGACAAGACGGACAGAACGGACUCGAUGGACUUCCCGGAAAGAACGGCGAGCACGGAGUCGAUGCCAACUACUGCCCCUGCCCGCCCAAGUCUAACAAUGACGCCCCACCACCGCCCCGUCACCAGAACGGCGGACGUCAGCGCCCUGCCCCUCACCCGACCUCUGGACAGAGCUACGGAGGAGCCGCCUCGCCCAAGGCUGACGGAUACGACACCCCUCGUGUCCCCCAGGACUACGGACACCAGGCCGCCCCUAAGCAAGACUACGGUGGCUCCGCCGCCCCACCCCAGUCUGGCAGCUACUACCAGCGUCGCCGUUAU